AUGAAUCAGUUGAAAUGGUCUGCAGUGCUGCUCCUACUGGCUCUCUCAGUCAGAGGUAGGUUACUACUAGAUCAUACUUGGAUUUUAAAAAAAGACUUGUAAUAGGCCAUAUUAUGUGUGGUUCAUGUUUUGUAAACAGUACAAAUACGCCUUGAAUUCUAGAAGGAUUAAUAAAAUCACAUAAUGGUUUCGGGCAGAGUAAAAAUAGUAAAUAAAGUACUCUGAAAGGGAGAUGCUUCUGUAUGCGGCCUGUAUGCUUGUUCGUGUGCUGGUGGAAACAAAGACACAGCUAAAGGAGCCAUGAUUAGCCUAAGUCCGGCACUGAAUACCCAUUGUAUGUUACAGCAUAUCCUCAUCAUCACGGGUGUCAGGUCCGGGAUCCUAUGACAUUUGAAGUCCCUACAGUCCAGGUUACAUGAUUAGACUAACAUUGUUACAAUAUGUAAUAGCAUGUGAGGUUAAGCCACGUGAAACCUGUAUCACACUAGAAACGUGUAGCAUAUGUGGUACCGUGUAUCUGUGUUGACAGCUAAAAGUACAUUGUUGAUGCUUUAAAACAGUACGACAAUUUACAGUAUGCUGCCAGUAUCCAGCUGGUUAGUAUUUUUUGUAAAUAAUGCGCACAGUUUACAACUGUUUCCGAAUUAACAUUGUUUUUCUAAUAUUGGCCACAGAGCCUUGAACAGCAUCAGGCCUCAAACAUUCAUUUUUCAGCCAUCUGUUCAAUUAGUGUAUCCAUAACGGUUUUUAAUGUACACUGUAAAAAAUAUUGUGCUAGUUCCACCCCAAAAAAAUUGGCAACUAUUUGCAUCAGCUUUUUGAGUAUUUACAACAUUGUGUAUUUUUACAUAUAAUAUAUUUCACAAACACUAAUAUGUCAAGUCCAGAAUAAAACAAUGGCUAAGAUCCAACUUAAUUUGAUCAAAUCCAGAACUGUUAUUGUACAUUAGAUCUACUUAAUCUUUCUGAUUAUAUAGUUACAGUUGAAGUCGCAAGUUUACAUACACCUUAGCCAAAUACAUUUAAACUCAGUUUUUCACAAUUCCUGACAUUUAAUCCGAGUAAACAUGCCCUGUUGUAGGUCAGUUAGGAUCACCACUUUAUUUUAAGAAUGUGAAAUUUAAGAAUAAUAGUAGAGAGAAUGAUUUAUUUCAGCUUUUAUUUAUUUUAUCGCAUUCCCAGUGGGUCAGAAGUUUACAUACACUCAAUUAGUAUUUGGUAGCAUUGCCUUUAAAUUGUUUAACUUGGGUCAAACGUUUCGGGUAGCCUUCCACAAGCUUCCCACAAUAAGUUGGGUGAAUUUUGGCCCAUUCCUCCUGACAGAGCUGGUGUAACUGAGUCAGGUUUGUAGGCCUCCUUGCUCGCACACGCUUUUUCAGUUCUGCCCACACAUUUUCUAUAGGAUUGAGGUCAGGGCUUUGUGAUGGCCACUCCAAUACCUUGACUUUGUUGUCCUUAAGCCAUUUUGCCACAACUUUGGAAGUAUGCUUGGGGUCAUUGUCCAUUUGGAAGACCCAUUUGCGACCAAGCUUUAACUUCCUGACUGAUGUUUUGUUGCUUCAAUAUAUCCACAUAAUUUUCCUUCCUCAUGAUGCCAUCUAUUUUGUGAAGUGCACCAGUCCCUCCUGCAGCAAAGCACCCCCACAGCAUGAUGCUGCCACCCCUGUGCUUCACGGUUGGGAUGGUGCUCUUCGGCUUGCAAGGUCCCACCUUUUUCCUCUAAACAUAACGAUGGUCAUUAUGGCCAAACAGUUCUAUUUUUGUUUCAUCAGACCAGAGGACAUUUCUCCAAAAAGUACGAUCUUUGUCCCCAUGUGCAGUUGCAAACCGUAGUCUGGCUUUUUUAUGGCGGUUUUGGAGCAGUGGCUUCUUCCUUUCUGAGUGGCCUUUCAGGUUAUGUCGAUAUAGGACUCGUUUUACUGUGGAUAUAGAUACUUUUGUACCUGUUUCCUCCAGCAUCUUCACAAGGUCCUUUGCUGUUGUUCUGGGAUUGAUUUGCACUUUUCGCACCAAAGUACGUUCAUCUCUCGGAGACAGAACGCGUUUCCUUCCUGAGCGGUAUGACGGCUGCGUGGUCCCAUGGUGUUUAUAUUUGCGUACUAUUGUUUGUACAGAUGAACGUGGUACCUUCAGGUGUUUUGGAAAUUGCUCCCAAAGAUGAACCAGACUUGUGGUGGUCUACAAUUUUUUUUCUGAGGUCUUGGCUGAUUUCUUUUGAUUUUCCCAUGAUGUCAAGCAAAGAGGCACUGAGUUUGAAAGUAGGCCUUGAAAUACAUUCACAGGUAAACCUCCAAUUGACUCAAAUGAUGUCAAUUAGCCUAUCAGAAGCUUCUAAAGCCAUGACAUAAUUUUCUAGAAUUUUUCAAGCUGUUUAAAGGCACAGUCAACUUAGUGAAUGUAAACUUCUGACCCACUGGAAUUGUGAUACAGUGAAUUAUAAGUGAAAUAAUCUGUCUGUAAACAAUUGUUGGAAAUAUUACUUGUGUCAUGCACAAAGUAGGAGUCCUAACCGACUUGCCAAAACUAUAGUUUGUUGACAAGAAAUUUGUGGAGUGGUUGAAAAACGAUUUUUAAUGACUCCAACCUAAGUGUAUGUAAACUUCCGACUUCAACUGUACUUUCAUUGAUCGUGUCUUAGUGAUAAACAUGGAUUUAUGUACUUCAUCGCUCAACAUUUUCAUCCACUUUAGCAGGAAUUGUUGAGCGCAUAUGCUCAUUCCACUAGCACUAACUGGAGGUAAAGCUGCAAGCAUUGUAGCUUGAUGUAUUUGCUUUGUCUAGAGUAGCAUGCAUGAUCUUACUAAUGGUGAGAAUGGGUGCUCUCAUCAUUUAACGUCAAUUUGCCCGACGGUUUUGAUAUCCAUUCAUCAUGAUCCAGUACACCUCAUAGCAUAACAAACGAUUUGAUACUAAUAUAGAAAUGUGCUUUUCGUUCUUCAAACAUGCAUACAACAUUGUGUAAAAGUAUCUACAAGUUUUUUUUUCAAUCAAUUACCCACAAUCCUCUGAAAACAGAGCCACAUGGCAAGUUGUUGGAAGAACUUAAAAUUCUUAAAUUGAAUGGACAUAUUAUGAAAAUGGAGUAAAUUAAACACAAUUUUCCAUGUAGUUGUUUUUACACGCAAAUAGUUGUUUAGAUUAUGCAUUUAUCUUAUGUUGAAUUCAUUUUUUUUUACUUACAGGUGAAGUGAAGUAGAGUAAAGUACUAAUUAUAUUCACAUAAAGAUGACAACUACAUUUUGUAAUGUCCAAAAAAUGUAUAUUUUCAAGUAUAAUUUACUAACCACCUGAAUAAUUUGUAUGCACAAUGCACAUGUAGGAAUUCAGAUUACUAAUUCAGAUGAAUAACAAACUGUCCUCUCAAUCUAAUCCACAGAGACUUUUACACAGAGAAUCAUCGGAGGACAAGAAGUCGAACGGUACUCUAUCAAGUACCAGGCAUCUAUACAGUAUAACAGGGACCACUACUGUGGAGCCACCCUCAUUCGGCCCCAGUGGGUGGUGUCUGCUGCCCACUGCUGGAGACCGUGAGUACUGACUACAAUUAUGGGAUAGUAGUGUCACAGUUGAAUGGAAUAUAAUGUUUUUUUGUUGUUUUUUUUACCUUUAUUUAACCAGGUAAGCCAGUUGAGAACAAUUUCUCAUUUACAACUGCGACCUGGCCAAGAUAAAGCAAAGCAGUGCGAUAAAAACAACAACACAGAGUUACAUAUGGAGUAAAACAAAACAUAAAGUCAAAAAUACAACAGAAAAUAUAUAUACAGUGUGUGCAAAUGUAGUAAGUUAUGGAGGUAAGGCAAUAAAUAGGCCAUAGUGCAAAAAUAAUUACAAUUAGUAUUAACACUGGAAUGAUAGAUGUGCAAGAGAUGAUGUGCAAAUAGAGAUACUGGGGUGCAAAUGAACAAAAUAAAUAACAAUAUGGGGAUGAGGUAGUUUGGUGGGCUAAUUUCAGAAUGGGUGUGUACAGGUGCAGUGAUCGGUAAGGUGCUCUGACAACUGAUGCUUAAAGUUAGUGAGGGAGAUAAGAGUCUCCAGCUUCAGAGAUUUUUGCAGUUCGUUCCAGUCAUUGGCAGCACAGAACUGGAAGGAAUGGCGGCCAAAUGAGGUGUUGGCUUUGGGGAUGACCAGUGAGAUAUACCUGCUGGAGCGCAUACUACGGGUGGGUGUUGCUAUGGUGACCAAUGAGCUAUGAUAAGGAGGGGAUUUGCUUGGAGUGAUUUAUAGAUGGCCUGGAGCCAGUGGGUUUGGCGACGAAUAUGUAGUGAGGACCAGCCAACAAGAGCGUACAGGUCACAGUGGUGGGUAGUAUAUGGGGCUUUGGUGACAAAACGGAUGGCACUGUGAUAGACUACAUCCAAUUUGCUGAGUAGAGUGUUGGAGGCUAUUUUGUAAAUGACAUCGCCGAAGUCAAGGAUCGGUAGGAUAGUCAGUUUUACGAGGGCAUGUUUGGCAGCAUGAGUGAAGGAGGCUUUGUUGCGAAAUAGAUUGGAUUGGAGAUGCUUAAUGUGAGUCUGGAAGGAGAGUUUACAGUCUAAUCAGACACCUAGGUAUUUGUAGUUGUCCACAUACUCUAGGUCAGACCCGUCGAGAGUAGUGAUUCUAGUCGGGUGGGCGGGUGCCAGCAGCGUUCGAUUGAAGAGCAUGCAUUUAGUUUUACUUGUGUUUAAGAGCAGUUGGAGGCUACGGAAGGAGUGUUGUAUGGCAUUGAAGCUUGUUUGGAGGUUUGUUAACACAGUGUCCAAUGAAGGGCCAGAUGUAUACAAAAUGGUGUCGUCUGCGUAGAGGUGGAUCUGAGAAUCACCAGCAGCAAGAGCGACAUCAUUGAUAUACACAGAGAAAAGAGUCGGCCCAAGAAUUGAACCCUGUGGCACCCCCAUAGAGACUGCCAUAGGUCCAGACAACAGGCCCUCCGAUUUGACACAUUGAACUCUAUCUGAGAAGUAGUUGGUGAACCAGGCGAGGCAGUCAUUUGAGAAACCAAGGCUAUUUAGUCUGCCAAUAAGAAUGCGGUGGUUGACAGAGUCUAAAGCCUUGGCCAGGUCGAUGAAGACGGCUGCACAGUACUGUCUAUUAUCGAUCGUGGUUAUAAUAUCGUUUAGGACCUUGAGCGUGGCUGAGGUGCACCCAUGACCAGCUCGGAAACCAGACUGCAUAGCGGAGAAGGUACGGUGUGAUUCAAAAUGGUCUGUGAUCUUUUUGUUAACUUGGCUUUCAAAAACAUUCGAAAGGCAGGGCAGGAUGGAUAUAGGUCUGUAACUCUAUCCUCUUGCAUAAAACAAUGAACAGAUGCUUGAAGCCAACAGUCAAUUACAUCAAAAAAUUUAAAGGGCCAGCACGCGCUUGAUUGAGUAAAUGUUUUGGGGGUGGGGAAUAGUAGUGUAAUAUGUUGUAGGUUAAAACAAUUCCAUAUGCAUGCUCUCCACUUCCCCUGGACAGAUUGGAUCAUGUCUGUUCCUCCAUGUCUGUUCCUCCUCAGGGCCCAGCUUAUCCAGGUGGUUUUGAGUGAGCACAGUCUGGUCGAGGAAGAAGGCUUCGAGCAAGUGAUCAACAUCUCCAAGAUCUUUGUCCACUAUAGCUACAACUACAAGACUUUCAACAACGACAUCAUGCUCAUCAAGGUAAGACUAUCCAUCCCAUCACCAUAAGGUAGAGACGUGCUGUGUUUCAAUACCCACACAGGCAUACCACUUACAAUGAAGCUUGGGAAAGUGGUAUGCUAGUGUAGAUAUUGGAACCUAUCCAUGGUGUUAAUGAGUUUGAAUAUUUCAGUUAGUCUACUCACUGCAUAAUUUCAGAUACUGCUGCAGCUUAGACACUGUACCAUAACAUUGACUCCGCCCCCUUUGAUCCCUUCUGUCUGAUUGUCUGCCUCCUGAUUGGUCAGCAGCAUCUGAUUUUGUGCCUUUUCUGUGGUUGUGUGUGUUCCAGCUCAGUGAGCCAGCCAAGCUGAAUGCCUACGUUCAGCCUGCCCCACUGCCAGAAGAGGACACCCCUGCUCUCCAAGGGUACACCCCCUGUACAGUGAGCGGCUGGGGUGUCACCCGUAUCUACAGCUACUACCUGUCCCCUGUGCUGCGUGCUGUGGAUGUGCAGACCAUACCCUACUGCCACUACUACUACUACUGGAGGAUCACAGACAACAUGAUGUGCGCUGGGUCUCGCUUUGGUGGCAAGGACUCCUGUCAGGUAAAGAAUAGCCUAAUCUCAGCACCCAGAAUCAAAUCUUUUUUUUCUUAACCUUUAUUUAGCGUAGGGAGUCAUGCUGAGACAACACUCUUAAAAAAAAGGGUUCCAAAAGGGUUCUUUGGCCGUCCCCAUAGGAGAAUCCUUUUUGGUUCCAAGCAGAACCCUUUUGGGUUCCAUUAGGAACCUUCUGUGGAAAGGGUUAUACAUGGAACGCGAAAGGGUUCUACCUGGAACCAAAAAGGGUUCUUCAAAGGGUUCUCCUAUGGGGACAGCUGAAGAACCAUUUUAAGUUCUAGAUAGCCCUGCAUGAAAUUAUCAAUAAACAACAAUUACAUUAUACAUAUCUAUCUAUAUACACAUAAAUUACACAAUACAUGACAAGCAAACACAAAACAUGAAAAGCAAAACACAAUCAUAUUUAUGUCUGUCACAAGAGCUUAGGUAUAGACUGCUGUGAAUAAUAUAGGGUGUGGGCCUUUAAAACUGGGCCAGACCAAUGGGAUAGAUGUACAGUUUGGAUUAGGGAAAUGUAUGUGGUCAGAUAAGGGACAUCAGAUACUGGUCCCCAGAUCAAAUGACAUUCUUAAAAAUCACAACAAUAACAUUUCAAUGGCAGAAGAAAGUGACAAAAUAAAAUAAAACAUCACAAUUUGACAAUUUAGUCGUAGAAUAGAAAAACAGACACAAAACAGUGUUGUGUAAAAUGUGUGGUAACUAACAUGAAAUUGUCCAGAUAAGAGGGGUGUAUUCACACUGUAUAUCCCUAACAAAAGGACCAGAGCUUUUGUUCAUCAUUGUGUCUUUUGUGUUAUUGUUCUACAGGGUGACUCAGGUGGACCCCUUAUCUGCAAUGGAAACUUGGAAGGCAUCGUCUCAUGGGGAAUCAGCUGUGCCAACCCUUACUUCCCAGGAGUCUACACUCAAGUCAGAAUGUAUGUCAGAUGGAUGGACUGGAUCAUCAACAAUGACAACCCCAACAACUGA